AUGUCAGUAAUCAAGUUUCCUAGCACAAGAUCAUACUGGUCACCAAAGUUUGGUUAUGUGCCCAUUUCUUCAACGAUGCCACUGAACAAGUUUGAGAAAAUAAAGCUUUCAUUACAUAUUCAUAACAAUGAACUUCCCAAACCUAUAGGUGAUCCAGAACAUGACAGGCUUUAUAAAAUCCGCCCUGUUAUCAAGCAUCUCAAUGAGAGGUUUGCCACAGUGCCAAUGAAUCAGACUUUCUGCGGAUGA